AUAAAACUAAUAAAAGUAAAGGUUAAAUUCCAAAUUUUAAAAAAACAAACUAUGAAACAAACUGCUAGUAUUAUACCUAAUAAGUAGAGAAAGUGAUAAACUGAAGAAUCCAACAUGGAGAGAAUAUGUUUUUGUCUUGGCAGUCUUUCUUCCUUCAAUUAUAUUUCCUCUCAUUCUUCUGACAGAAAUGUAAAAUGAUGCUUUUGAUGCAAAAACAUGUUUUAAAUUAUGGGAAACACUUCUGGCAUUAAUAGCUGAAUAUUGUUCUAGUUGCCACAGACGUGGCUAGUUUCCAUUCAGGCAAACAUUAAAGGACAGAAAGUCACUCCUGUCACAUGGCAUGGCCCAGCACGCUGAGAACAAAGUAUACGUGGCACAUGUAACUCACAUGUAAUUUUUCUGUAGUAAUUUUUAAAGCUGCUAAAAAUAAAGUGUCAGAAAUGCUUUUUGUACUCUCCAUGACAACCACUUCACAGAAACAGGCACACAGCUUUUGAAGAAAGGACUAGAUUUUGGAGUGAUACCAUUUUUGUGUGCCUAGUAAUGCCAUAUAGGACUUGGGGUACCUCUCUGUGCUACACAUUGUGCAGCAGUAUAUUUUUGGUUUCAUGUGCAUUUAACAUGUCAAAAUCACACUCACAUGUAACAAAUUUUGCUUCCAAAUUGAAUUAUUGAGUUCUUAUAGGAAUGAAAAUAGUGUGUACUAAUAUAAAAUUUAAGACUCCCAUAAUUUAAUAUGUCUCCCCAGUUUGUUUCAGAUGGAAGAGGUAUGUGUAAAACCUCACACAGACACAGAAAAAAUCCACAAACCAAGAGCAUCUAAAGGCCCUUGAAUAUGGAAAUAUAAUGAACUAAUGAUUGUAGGAAAACUAUUCCCAUUCCUCAAGGGCUCACAGGAACAUCUUGUUGCAUCUGUUAUUACAGAAUACCUUAAAACAAUAUUUGUAAACAGAGAGAAUUUUCUUCUCAUAGAAUUUUUUUUUCUGUUUUUUAAAAAACCAAUGGAGCAGUAAAAAUUGGCAGGCAAUAAAACUAUAACAUUAAGACCAGAGAAAAUCCAAGUCAUUUCAGUGUUCAACACCUUUUUUCUACAAGCAUGUUCUAAUUUUUACAGAUUAACACAGACUAGUGCCCAUAGUACCUUUAUGCUUUGUGUAUCUCAUCUCUGCCCAUCUAUAAGUUCAGCUUCUCAUUAAAAACUCUGUUUUUAAUGCAACUACAUGAGUAAAAACAACAUACAACUCUUACCUUAGGGACCCAAAGAUACUGGUUGAAGGAUACAGUUACACAUCCAUGUGUGCUAAAUUAAAUUAGGUGAAGGGCAAAUCUGUGUACUGAAUUUUCCCAUUAAUUAGGCUGUGGGAGCCAUUCAAUACAAAGAUUGUAUAAGCAGCUUGCUUAAAUUCUCUCCUUCUCUACGUGGAAUUCUCAUGGUAAUUUCUUGCCCAAUGAAAAUAUUCUGUUCUGGAGCAUCAAAUAUUUGCAGUGAGAUUUAAUGUAUUUUAUAGCUGCAUUCUGCAAGAUAUUAAAGGAGCCAGGAACCAGAAAGAAAGUAUCAUAAGGAGAGAGAGGCUCCCUUCUUAAAAAAAAACAACAUAAUGUGUAUUUCUGUAAUUAAUUCUCCUACAGUCUCAUAAAAUAUUUUAUCCCCUUCUACGGUAGUAUUUUAGUGCUGAUCUUGAUAAUACUCAGUGGAAAUUGCCCAUUCCGGAAUUUUCUUUUUUUGUUUAAAAGAUCAUGUUUCCUUUAGCCUUCACAGUACCAUGCAUAUUAACAACAUAAAGUCAGAUUCCUAAUGGUAAGUAUCCUUGUUCUGAAAUGCAGAUUGCUGUUCUGUUGUAACAGUUCUCAAAAAAUUUUAUUCUUAGCAAUUUCAUCAGCCCUCACAGAGCAAAGGGGCAAAUAUCUCUGGAAGAAACACAGCAUCUUAAUGUAUUUAAAUGUUAGAGUAUGCUCCAAAUAUGCCCAAAGUCAAUUUUUAAAAGAUUUUUCAGACACGGGAGAAAGGCUGAAAGCCACAAGCUCUUUUCAAAUUUUAAAUAAGAGGCUAUUUUUUGGUUUUUUUUCUAGGAGCUCUAUAGGAAGGACUGCAAUUUAGCCGCUCAGUUGCUCCAGUGCAGCAAGAAUUACGACAGGGCACAUAAACUCUCAGAGUUGCCAUCUGACUUUCAGGAAAGAGUCAGCAUCCAUCUGGAAAAACACGGGUGCAGCCUUUCUGUCCCCUUGUGCCACACUUCUUACGCUGACACCAUACCCACUUGCGUCAUUGCCAAAGUACUGGAAAAACCAGACCCAAACAGCUUGUCUUCACACUUGUCGAGCCCAUCUACAAGGGAUCUCAAUUUUCAGGACUCUGCCGGAAAAGUCGGACAAAGGCCGCAGUACAAGUCCGAUAUCUACUGCAGCGACACAGCCCUUUACUGCCCCGAGGAGAGGAGGAGGGAGAGGAGGCCAAGUGUGGACACGCAGGUGAAAGACGUGGGGUUCCUGCGGUCCCAGAACUCCACGGACAGCACUGUCGAGGAGGAUGGUUUCCAUUCCAGCUUCUCUCAUGAAGCCUUCCCAGAGUACAUUACCUCUCUGCCAACCUCCAGCUCCUAUUCCAGCUUCAGCGUCACCUCCGAGGAGAAGGAGAACGCCCAAGCCAACACUCUGACAGCCUCUCAGCAGGCAAUCUAUAUGAGCAACCGAGAUGAACUGUUUGAAAGGAAGUCCCCUGCAGGUUAUGAGCACCAGGGAAGCCCCAGGUUUGCCAAGCCCAAACCUGCGCAGCACAUGGAGCUUGCCGACGACAAUGAGAACUCACCCACUUUUACCAGAACUCUGCCAUCGUAUGCAAAUGAGCCUUUUCAUUUCUCAGCCAUAACACCACAGCAGGCAUUGGCAAAUCAGAAAAUGAGGAACGAGUGCAGGAGCACCCACCUUUCAGAAGAAGACUUGCCUGGGCGAUGGAGGCAGUUGAGCGUGGAGGACAUUGGUGCAUACUCUUACAGGAAUGCUGGCAGGCUGUCGCCCUGCAGUUUUUCAGAGCAGUACUACAGCAGCCCUAUUAAGAAGGGGGACAGCCGAACAAGCCCCAUCUAUGCUAGUUACAAAGCAGAUAGCUGCUCCGAGGGAGAUGAUAUCUGCCAAAGCAGACUUGUGGAUUCUUGCUUCCUGAGAACAGACAGUGGCCUGAAUAUUGACAUCACCACUAGCUGUAAACAGGACAAAUUGCCCACUUACAAAACGAAAGAAUCAAGAGACCAAAAAAAUGAAAGGAUCACUGUCCAGUUAUGCAGUAGCAAAAACAUCGAAAACAGCCCAGUAUUGAAAAGAGAAUAUGUGGACGUGAGCCCCAACAGCUCAGCAGAGUCACUCAAUCAGAGUUCAGCGGAGGCUUCAGAAAUCCACCAGUCUUCCAUGGAUCAAGGAAGCCAUUCGGGUAUUCACAGCAAACAGCAGCAGUUUCAACGGACUGGGAGUACUGGUUUGAGUCGGAAGGACAGCCUUACAAAAGCACAAUUAUACGGAACCCUUCUGAACUAGGCAUCUCCCAAAACGGCAAUAAGACAACAAACAAAAGGAAGCAAAGAGCAUUUGAUACUUCUAGUGAACAAUAAGGUUCUAAGAAACAGGAUUAUUAUAAAAUAUAUAUUCAUAAUGGUACUAUAUGUUUAAAACGAAAUCUCUACAAAAACGUUAUACAGCACUUUUCACUUAACAUCCUUUCCACGUGGGAGAUCGUCCCCUCCCCUCUUUUAUAAACCUGAAAUAUUUUUAUAAUCAAAAUGGUAUUUAUUAGACUAUCUUAAGCUAUUUGAGCAGAAUUCUUUUCCCUUCAAGCAGGUUUCUUAUUUAUUUUUGUGCAUGAGGCCAUCUGUGCCUAAAUUCUUGGAGGAAAAGGGUAAAAUCAUGAUGGCGGUGAUAAAAAAAUAAAUCCACCUGAUAAAAUACCAUAAAAUGUCAUGUGAAAUCAAAACAAACAAGAAUGGUGAAUUUGAAGAAGUAUAUUUUUUAACAAGAAUGGAAUUGUAUCUUAAGUUAUUUCAUAAAAAUGUAUUUAUGAGUGACUAAUGUAUGCACAAAGUGAUACUAAUAUUUUGUUCUUUUAAUCCACUGUGUUUCUGCUUUCCUAUUUUUCCUUGUAUACUACCUCAAAAGUAAUUGAGGGUUUCUUUGUCACAUUUUCUGUAGGCUUGCAUUUAUAUUGUCUAAAAUGCAUGCAGUGUCAUAAUUAAUACUGUAUUUUGCAUAACUUAAUAAAAGACACCAGUGGAUCUA